UGUAUUCCUGGGUGAAUGUGCUCGUGUGGUCUCAGGGGUUGCGGAGGUCACGGCUCUGGGACAGCCGUUUCAUCGCCCUAUGCUGCAGAACCUGCCCCGGAAGAGAGAGCCCAGAGAAUUGCCAAAGCUGUCCGCAAACAGUCAAUAGAAGUGAAGGAAAAUUGGGAACAACUGAAAAUCCGUGCGAGCAACUGGCAGAAACAGGUGGAAAAGGCGUUGGAGAAACUUCAAGAACUGGAGAAAGCUCUGGAUGAUCUUGAGGCUCAUGUGAUAACAGCUGAGGGGGUCCGCACUGAUCGGCAAACUGUGAGUGACCUGCUUAUUGACUCAUUGCAGGAUCACUUUGAUAAAACCGCAUCACAAUGA